UCUGGAUCAGCUGCCGAUCCUCUGAAUGGUAAACACAAUGCCCAGACAUAAGGGCGAAGAAACUGAUUCCUCGUCAGACGAAGACGACGGCAACUUCAAGAGACGGCGCCGACACUCGUCCGAUGAGGACAGCAAUCAAGACAACAGUAAUAGCGGUUACCAUCGCUUCGAUGUUCGAUACGAUGACCGCAGGGCUUCGGCCGCCACCACAGGACCCGCCACUAGUCGGCCGUUCCGUGUCGUUGACAGCAGCCGUGACGGCGGCCGCGACGGCGGACCAGCUGUCGAUCCGGCGAUGAUAGCGAAGCAACGGUUGGCCGACUCGAAGAGCGCCCGACUCACUAAAUACGACGAUGUGUUCACCGAUGGUAACGAUAGCGGCGAUGGUUCUGCGGCCACGAAGACCACCAGCAGAGGCCACUCAAGCAAUCGAUCUCACGAUACCGUUGUGUCCAAAAACAGGUCCACAGCCGACACCGAUUCGAUGGCCACCGAUCGACGAACUGAUUCGCGGGUUAAGAAAGAGGAGACCACUAUUGAAGUGGUGGUCCCGAGCGACCACACGGACAGCAAAGAUGAUAUAGCAGGUGGUGAUCACGAGUUUGCAAUGGAUCCGCGGCUCAGACGCCAGAAGAAGUUUGAGCCCAAGUUCGCCGAAGAGCCGGUCGCUAAACCGAAUCCCAUACCACUGAAAGAACGCGUUCAUCAGCUGCUGAACAAACGUAAACCUCCGGAGGCGUACGACGAGCUGAAACGGGAAGUGAUUGCCAACGAUCUGUUCAAAUACAGGGAUCAACUGCUGGAGAUGGCCAGAGACUGGUUCCCGUCCAUCACAUACAACUCGUACGACCCGCGGGCCGUCUACAUCGAAACGCCACAUAUCAAUGGCUUCCAGAAUCUCAUGAGAGAUAUUUUUACUCUCAAAACCCAUUUCCAAGACUUCUGGGAAACCAUUAUCAUUGAGAUCAACAAAUUCAUCGACGAGUCACGGAUCAAGUCAUUGCCGCAACUACUGGCGCGACUCCGAUGGCUGUUAGUGAAGGACAUACGCCAACAUCUGAUCGACGAAGAAGUGAAGGUCGGUAUCCGGGCGUCUGCUAUACUCAUCGACCACCGGCUGUCGUUGCAGAGCAACCGCGACAGCCAUCGGCGGCAGUUCGAGCAGUCGGUCGGCCAACACAACCGCAAGAUAGCGCCCGUCAUACCCAUGGUCUCAAAGCCCACCACAUCAUUGUUCUCCGAUAUGCUUCCGAUGGCCCGCAAACCAAUCCUCUCAGAGCCCGUCCGCGCCCUAUCGCCCACACCUCAGGUCAUACCCACACCACUGGCCAUUCAAAUGGAGACUCCGUUCUCUACUAUACCAAAGACGGCGCCGCCGGCAAUUGCUGACGAGAUGUUGUACGACGCGUUCGGUACGCCUAUGACAGGCUUUGCGCCGCCCAAACCAGACCCGCGUCGGGACCCGAUGUCCGCCUUUCGCGGCGGCGAUAAACAAAUCGGAGAGAUAUUGAAACUAAUCAAAGCCGACCAAUACUUAAAACUCGUUAACCUCAUGAGCCGACACAUAUCGGCCGCCAACUGGUCAAUCAUCACCGAGUUUGGCCGCGCGCUCACGGUUUUAGUGAAGGCGAACCCAAAGGUGUCCAUAACGGAGAUAUUCCGCAAAAUACACGACUCGUUCAAAAUAUACGCGAGUUUUUCGGACCAAUUACUUAAGGAGACGUACGAACGGUUCCUAAAGGAGUUCUUCGACACCACAACUUCCGCAUACAAUGUGAAGGAGUGGCUACUCAUGAGGGACUUUACCACCGCUAAUCUGCCGCACAUCGAGAACAACCCUUACAACGAGAGGCUGCGGCUCGUGAAGCACAACGUGUCCCCAUAUAUCGACUACAGCCGCGCUUCGGAAGGACUGGUCGUGAAUUACGGCGAUGUGGAGCGCGACGUACCGCUGAUGAACGCCAAGAGUACGAUACUGAAUGACCCGCGGGUUGAGUGCCGGUCGGACGAGUCGAGCCGACCCAAGACAGUCAAACUGAACAUUAAAUUCGACAAAUUUGAUAAACAAGAGCUCAAGAAGAUUGUCCGCAAAACAGUCAAACUGAACAUUAAAUUCGACAAAUUUGAUAAACAAGAGCUCAAGAAGAUUGUCCGCAAAGUGACCGUCUCUUCGGACGAGUCCGACGACGAUAACUGA